AUGGCGUUUGCAAGUUCAAUACAAAAAGGUCAAAUUCCAGUUGGAUGUCAGUUAUGUGAAGGUGGAAAUAAGAUUAAAUGGAAAUGUAUUACAUGUGACUCCCUCAUGUGUGACAAGUGUAAGAAUGGGGUCCAUCUAAAGAUUGGAAAAGACCAUAAAAUUCUGAAUAUAAAUGACAUAGGAAAACAAGAGGUGUCAAAGGACACAAUUAUAUUCAGUGAAGUCAAAUGUGAUGAACAUUCUAACCAAGCUUGCUGUCUAUUCUGCAAUACUUGUAAUAAACUGAUCUGUUUCAAGUGUAUCACUAAAGUUCAUAAUGGACAUGAGUUAAUUGAAGAAGAAGACUAUAAUAAAGGCAAAGUAGAACUGAAGCCAAAACAGAAGAGUGAAAUUAAGUUAGAAAUAUCCAAAGUUUAUACAACAGAUCUUAACAAUAUUCACUAUAUAGCCGUAUGUUCGGAUGGUACUAUGUGGAUGGAGGAUGGUACCAGAUCAAAGUUACAACACGUCAAACUUAGGGAGAUUAGAACUGAAGUUAUAACAAGUCUAAGCACUAGGAUUUAUGGAAUGGCAAAAACUCAUUCAAAUAACAUUCUUGUUGUAACAGAGACUAAACUCCAACUAAUCAACACCAUGACAGGGGAGAUAACUGAUUCCAGGUAUGAUGUAAAACCAUUGAUACCAACCAGUAUCCAUGUGACCAGUGAUCAUAGAGUCAUCAUAGGAGCCAGGUCUGGAGGUAAGGCAUUCCCUGUCACAGGAAGACGUGUAGUUAUUGUGAUGGAUCAGGAUGGAAAACAACUAAAGGAAUAUGAACAUGACAAUCAUAACAAACCAUUAUUCACCUACCCUGUAAGUGUGACCUGUACCAGUACUGGUAACAUCUGUGUGGUGGAUGGGUUAGAUUAUGAUGACAGAGGUAGAGUGGUAGUGUUAUCACCAGGAGGAGACAUUCUAGGAACUUACACUGGUCACCCUGAUGUCAACACUGAGGAGAAACCAUUUACACCUGUAGGAAUACUAACGACACCAUUAGAUAAUAUUAUUGUUACUGAGGCGAGAAAUCAUUUAUUACAUAUUCUGAGUGACCAAGGACAAAGUAUUACCUACUACAACCUCCGUGACAUAGGAAUCUUACGUCCAUACUCCCUUGCUCUAUCCUCAUCAGGAACUAUAUUUAUAGGAUGUGUUAGUAAGAGUGGAAGUCCAGACACUACUAAGGCCAAACUUUAUGAGUUAAACUAUUCUGGAUUCUAGUGAUUUCCUUUGCUCUGUCUACAUCAGGAACU